AUGUCUUCUUCUGGUAACUUUAAGAUCAAACGUCCUGACGUUGCUGUCAGAGACAGAAAAUUGGAUACUUUAAAUGUUCAAUUGAAAAAAAUUGAUGAAGAAAUUGCAUUAUUGAGAAAGCAAAUUGAUCAAAACCAAGUCAAUGAUGUUACUCAACAAGAAAGAAAAAAGUUACAAGAUCAAACAAAGGAAAUCAUCAAAACUCAAGCUGAUUUGAAAACUAGAAGAAAUACUAUCCAUGAAAGUAUCAAACAAAUCGAUUCUCAAAUUAAAAGAAAGACUACCGAAAUUAACGAUAAGUUAGGUAAGAAAUCAAAGUAUACUUCAACUGCCGAAAUUAAACAAAGAUUGGCCCAAAUUGAAGAUUCUAUCUCUUCAGGUGAUUUAUCAUUAGUCGAAGAAAAAAUGCUUGUUAAAGAAAUGCAAUCCUUAAAUAAAUUAAAUAAGGAUUUGGUUGCCAUUGAACCAGUUAAAAAAUCUAUCGAUGCCGAUAAGAUUAAAAUCACUGAAUUAAAGGAACAAUUGAAUUCAAUGAAUCCAAGAGAAGUUUCUGCUAAAUUUGAAGAUACUCAAAAAAGAUUGAAUGAUUUACAAUCAAAGACUCAAGGUGUUUACGAUAAAAGACAGGCUCUAUUUACUAAACGUACUGUUCUUUAUAAAAAAAGAGAUGAAGUUUACUCUCAAAUUAGAAAAAUUAGAACAGAUUUCGAUAAUGAAUUUAAAUCAUUUAAACAAAAAAUGGAAACCGAACGUAUUAAGCGUGAAGAAGAACAAAAAUUAUCUAAAUUAUUAGAAGAAAAAGAUAAUGCUUUAGGUAAAUUACAAGAAAAAUUAAACCAUUCUAAAGUCCCAGCUUUCACUUUUGAAAUUGAAGCUAUCGAAAAUUCUUUGACUGCUUUGGAUCCAACUUACGUCAAACCAAAGAAAGCUUUGUUCACUGAUUCUGAUGAUCCAUUAAAUGUUGAUAACAGAACUGCUGUCAAACAAGUUGAAAAUGAUGAUUUGGUCCCUGUUGCCAAGAAAGACGAUGACGUAUUCACUAAUACUGCUCCAUCAAAGUCAAAGAAAUUCAAGAAAAAAUCUCAAAAUAAAAUUUCUGCUGAACCUGCCUCUGACGGUAAAUUCUCUCUAGAACCAACUUUGAUUGCUACUUUAGCUGAAUUAGAUGUUUCAGUACCAAUCUCUCAAGAUUCCGUUGAAAAGACUUUACAAGAAUUGAAGGCUAAGCAUGAAGAAUUUGUUGCUAAACAAGAUGAACAAACUAAAAUUAACAUUGCCGAUGUUGAAAAGGAAAUUGCUCAACUAGAAAUUAACUAUGCUGCUAAAGAAGAACAAGUUAAGAAGGAACUAGAAGAAAAAAGAGCUAAAGAACAAGCUGAAAAGGAAGCUAAUGAACAAGCUGAUAAAGAAAACUAA